AUGCUACACAAAUAUUCAGGAUUUCUUUUACUAUUCACUUCAGUCUGUUCCUACAUUUCCCUCACUAUUCAUCUCUUUCUAUUCAUACAUUUUCCUCAUUAUUCAUCUCACUCUGUUCCUGCAUUUCCCUCACCAUUCAUUUCAGUCUGUUCCUGCAUUUCCCUCACCAUUCAUUUCAGUCUGUUCCUGCAUUUCCUCACCAUUCAUUUCAGUCUGUUCCUACAUUUCCCUCACUAUUCAUCUCUUUCUAUUCAUACAUUUCCCUCACUAUUCAUCUCUUUCUAUUCAUACAUUUUCCUCAUUAUUCAUCUCUUUCUAUUCAUACAUUUUCCUCAUUAUUCAUCUCACUCUGUUCCUGCAUUUCCCUCACCAUUCAUUUCAGUCUGUUCCUGCAUUUCCCUCACCAUUCAUUUCAGUCUGUUCCUGCAUUUCCCUCACCAUUCAUUUCAGUCUGUUCCUACAUUUCCCUCACUAUUCAUCUCUUUCUAUUCAUACAUUUCCCUCACUAUUCAUCUCUUUCUAUUCAUACAUUUUCCUCAUUAUUCAUCUCUUUCUAUUCAUACAUUUUCCUCAUUAUUCAUCUCACUCUGUUCCUGCAUUUCCCUCACCAUUCAUUUCAGUCUGUUCCUGCAUUUCCCUCACCAUUCAUUUCAGUCUGUUCCUGCAUUUCCCUCACCAUUCAUUUCAGUCUGUUCCUGCAUUUCCCUCACCAUUCAUCUCUUUCUAUUCAUACAUUUCCCUCACUAUUCAUCUCUUUCUAUUCAUACAUUUCCCUCACUAUUCAUCUCUUUCUAUUCAUACAUUUUCCUCAUUAUUCAUCUCUUUCUAUUCAUACAUUUCCCUCACUAUUCAUCUCUUUCUAUUCAUACAUUUUCCUCAUUAUUCAUCUCUUUCUAUUCAUACAUUUUCCUCAUUAUUCAUCUCACUCUGUUCCUGCAUUUCCCUCACCAUUCAUUUCAGUCUGUUCCUGCAUUUCCCUCACCAUUCAUUUCAGUCUGUUCCUACAUUUCCCUCACUAUUCAUCUCUUUCUAUUCAUACAUUUCCCUCACUAUUCAUCUCUUUCUAUUCAUACAUUUCCCUCACCAUUCAUCUCUUUCUAUUCAUACAUUUUCCUCAUUAUUCAUCUCUUUCUAUUCAUACAUUUUCCUCAUUAUUCAUUUCAGUCUGUUCCUGCAUUUCCCUCACCAUUCAUUUCACUAUUCAUCUCUUUCUAUUCAUACAUUUCCCUCACCAUUCAUUUCAGUCUGUUCCUGCAUUUCCCUCACCAUUCAUUUCAGUCUGUUCCUGCAUUUCCCUCACCAUUCAUUUCAGUCUGUUCCUGCAUUUCCCUCACCAUUCAUUUCAGUCUGUUCCUGCAUUUCCCUCAUCAUUCAUUUCAGUCUGUUCCUGCAUUUCCCUCACCAUUCAUCUCACUCUGUUCCUGCAUUUCCCUCACCAUUCAUUUCAGUCUGUUCCUGCAUUUCCCUCACCAUUCAUUUCCAGUCUGUUCCUGCAUUUCCCUCACCAUUCAUCUCACUCUGUUCCUGCAUUUCCCUCACCAUUCAUUUCAGUCUGUUCCUGCAUUUCCCUCACCAUUCAUUUCAGUCUGUUCCUGCAUUUCCCUCACCAUUCAUCUCACUCUGUUCCUGCAUUUCCCUCACCAUUCAUUUCAGUCUGUUCCUGCAUUUCCCUCACCAUUCAUUUCAGUCUGUUCCUGCAUUUCCCUCACCAUUCAUUUCAGUCUGUUCCUGCAUUUCCCUCACCAUUCAUUUCACUAUUCAUCUCUUUAUUUUCAGACAUUUCCCUCACUUCUCACUUCAUUCUAUUCCCAUAUCCACUCACUAUUCAUCAUAGUCUGUUUGUAUGUUUCCCUCACCAUUCAUCUCUUUUUCUCCAUACAUUUCCCUCAAUAUUCACCUCAGUCUGUUCAUACAUUUUACUUUCUGUCCAUUUUAAUUUUUUUUCACUCUCUUCACUGUUCAAGGAAAAUUCAUUGUUGGGAUAUUCUUUACAGGGAUUAA